GGGGGAUGUGAACAUCCUCUCAACAGAAGCAAUGGAAGCAGUGACCGAAACGGGUAGUUCAACCCGCAGGACCUUCCUAAAGAGGACCCGAGCUUCAUGAGCUGUUUCGAUGGGGCCGAAACGCUUGCUGCUUGGAGCCCUGCUUCUGACGCUGUGCGGAACCCUGCUGCACAUUUGGAACGUCACCACGCAAGUGGAGGUGCCUUUUGCCUCCUGGAGGAUGACGGCAGAGGUCCAGAAACAGCAGCACUGGCCGAUUCUAGGACGAGAUUCCUUGCUGGCCAGCAUCCCCUACUGGAAUGUGGAUGAUUUUCGAGAACGUGAAGGGAGGGAAAGAGCACUCUUGCAUGUGCUCAUGACAUUGAUGUCUUACCCAAUGGAGGUGGAUAUAAUUUUGGUGUCAAACACCGGUGUCAAGGCGGCUGAAGGCUUGGUUUGGAGGGAAGCACUUCGUCCACAGCCAUUUUGCAACAAGACUUUUCAACAUGGGUAUUGUUUGCACUGGGAGGCUUUGCACGCACUGCGUGAAGCGGCCUUGACUGGUGACGUAGAGAUGAUUGGCCCAGGUGUUGCUGAUACAGCUCGGACUGAUAAGAUUGGGGCGUCCCAGUCCAAGCAGUUGGCCUAUGAUUACUAUGCUUAUAUGGAAGGAGAUUUGCUGCUGCCUGCGGCCAGUUUUUAUUUUUUUGCGCAUCAUGCUGAUACACUCUUCCACCGCGGCUAUAAGCUAAAGGCUCACCGACGAGAGCCUGGAGGUCCCAGUGGUGCUCGGAUGGUGGAUAUGCGGCCACAUUUCAAUUGUGAAUACUCGACGCUCUUCGAUGGGAGUGCGAGCACCUCCUAUCUGGAUCAGAGGGAUCGCGUUUACAUCACUUCAGUGGGUGACUAUUGCCUCUUCGCCAGCUCUCUACUGCUCUCACGCCGGAUGUUCCAGCGCUUCCUCACGCUCCGCGAAUGGGAUUGGGACCAUCGACCCAACCAGGAACCUUGGGCAAUUACCGAGGCCAUUGAUCCGUCGCUGCAGAGGAGCUGGGUCCCUGUGACGCACGAGCGAAUGCAGGCGCUGCAUUUGAUGCCCUUGCACAACGACGGGCUACAACACCUUUCUUUCACACACGCGGAAGUCGAUCAGUUGAUUAUGACCUGCGUUUGGAAUCGCACGCUUUGUCCUUCAAUGAAGCCUUGAAGCUCUAGUUCGGACAUGUCCAGUUGGUUGCGAAGACUGAAAAAAGAACAUGGCACUAUGUCGCAAGACCUCAACUCAACCUUUGUGCUUCGUUUUUCUACUUUGCUGUUUGUCACUGCCUUGAUUCAGAAACGACCUCCCCCUACUCAGUCAAAGCGCACUGGAUGCAAUGUCAGAUGCAAAGAAGGGGUCGAAAAAAAGCGACUGCCCAGCGCGCCUUCCGUGCAAAUCGCCUAUAGAGCUUCAGCCUGACGAGCAUGACAACGCAC